AUGAAUGUUAUCACAAGGCAAGCUUCAGGGUCCUCUGGGGAGAUAGUGACAUCUUCUAAAUCUUCGAAGACAUCUAACACAUUUGGUAAAAGAAUUCCAAGGACUACAGCUAAGAAGAGGGGAUUGAUUAUCAGAACAAUUUCUGAUGAAGCAACUGAGCCAUCAAACCAACUUACUGAAGAUGAUAAUGUAGAUCAGGAAAAUGAAGAUGAAGAAGAAAUGGAUGAAGAUGAUGUAGGACCAGUUGUUGACAACUUUGAUUCUUGGGAAGGCCCUGUGUGGGAGAAUGACAAUGAAGCUGAAGAUUACUUUGCAAAAUUGUACAAAAAUGGAGAGUUGUACAAUGAUGAGGAGUUUGGCAAAAUUGUCAUUAAACCAUGGCAAUUAUUCACAAAUAAACAACAUUUGAGAGAUGUUGUGAGGGAUUACUGCAUACAAAGUGGGUUUUCUGUAGUUGUGCUCAAGGCAUCUAAUUUGAGGUGGACAGUUAAAUGUUCUGCAAGUAACAAUGAGUGGAGGCUGCAUGCAUCUAGGCUUCUUGAUGGUGUCACAUGGACAAUCAAGUCCAUUCAGAACAUGGAGCACACUUGUUCUGGUUUAGAGGUGAAGAAUCCUAUGGUGUCUACCAAGUGGGCUGCAAGAGUGUUGCUUGAGGAUAUAAGAGCCAACAAUGAUAUCCCUGCCAAAUCAUUGAACCAGUUACUCUGGCAAAGAUAUGGAGUACAAAUGUCUACAAGUACUCUAUAUAGGAUGAGGUUAAAGGCUCUGAGGGAUAUUAAUGGGGGUCGUGAAAUCUUAUAUGCCCAACUUCCUGACUACUGUGAAAUGGUGAGAUCAACAAACCCAGGUUCUUCUGCAUUCUGUGCUUGGACACCUCAAGAUCAUAUUGAUAGGCCUCUACAGUUCCUAAGUAUCUUCAUAUCAUUCAAAGGCUGUAUAGAUGGGUUGCUAGCUGGCUGUAGGAGCUUCAUAGGUGUGGAUAGGGCUCACUUAAAGGGGAAUUAUGGUGGUGUCCUGUUAUCUGCAGUAGCACUGGAUGCAAAUAAUGAGCUAUUCCCCUUUGCUUGGGCAAUUGUAUCAGUUGAGGACACAGAUAAUCGGAAGUUCUUUAUGUGGCAUUUGAAGAACUUGCUCAAAGACAGUGAGAAAGGUGAUGAGUGGUGUAUUAUUUUAGACAGACAGAAGGCUGGAAGAAGAUAUUGCUGCAAGCACCUGGUAAAGAAUGGGAAGAAACCAUUCCCUGGUCCUUUGAUGUUUAGCCUGUUUUGGAGGGCUUGUGGGGCUUAUUCUGAGUUCACAUUCAAGAAAGCCAUGGAACAGCUGCAUAAGGUCAAUCCAGCUGCUUUAAUAUGGUUGUCUAAAGCUGGGGACCAAUCAGCGUGGACCAAGCACAAAUUCAAUGAGGCUAUCAAAUGUGAUGUAAACAAAAGCAACUUUGUGGAAAGCUUUAAUGCCACAUUGGGUAUGGAAAGAGCAAGACCUGUUCUGACUUUGUUAGAAGGAAUUAGGAGAACAACAAUGGUCUGGAUGUGCACUAGGAAGCAAGCUUCUGCAAACUGGAUAGAUGAUGAUAUAUGUCCAAGCAUCAAGGCCAGACUUAAAGUGAUAACUCAAGAGUCCAAGUGUUGCAAGGCAUACCCUAAUGCCGAUGGGUAUGAGGUCACUGAUGGAAAAUCAGUGCUCCUUGUCAGUUUUGCUGAAAAAAGGCAUGGCAUGAGAGCCAUCUUGCAUGCAAGGCUUGAUCCAAAACAGUUUGUACAUGAAUGGUACUCUAUGAGAAGGUACAAAGGUGUAUAUGCUGGUGGAAUCAACUCCAUCCCUGAUAGUGAUCAAUGGCUAGACUUUGACAUGCCUAAAAUUGAACCUCCUGUCAUGAAAAGAGGAGUUGGCAGGCCUUGUAGAGAGAGAAGAAGGGAUGAAGAUGAAGAAAGGAAGGGCAAGAGAAGCAAAACCAUUAAGUGCAGCAACUGUCAAUGCUAUGGGCACAACUCAGCAACAUGUAAAGGAGGCCCCACUGCAAAACAAGUUGCUGCUGCUUCCGCCUCUACAAAGGGUAAAGGGAAGCAAGCUGAUGUUGCUUCUGCUGCUGCAAAGGAUAAAGGCACUGCUGCUUUAGCUUCUGCAAAGGCUAAAGGCAAAGAACCCAUGUCUUAUUCACAGCCUGCUCCAAAAAUGAGGAAGCUUAGUGGAAUUAGGUUCUCAACCCAGCCUUAG